GGUACUCUGACACCCUUUACCUAGAAAAGGACAAAGAAAUGCAGUACGUACAUGAACUAGAUCUAGUGCUUCAUAGAGCUAGAGCUAGCUAGAGAUCUACAUUGCCUUAUAGAUCGCAAUCGAUCUAGCUAAUUAGUCUGGACGCUGCAGAGACAAAUAGAGAAUCUAAAUCCAUUGCCUGAGAGUGUGCCGCCGGUCAAUCUGAAGUUAUAAAACUUGAUCAGGCUGAUGUAAAAAAAUUGCUAUCUGCACAAUGAGAAUCAUACUCGAACUCUUGGUUCUAUUAUUUACAACCUUGGUAGUAAACACUUCAACAAGUUCGGAAGACAUAGUCCAACCAACUGAUCUGUUCUCUGGGUUCUUUCCCUGUCUACCAAACACUAGCAACAUCAGCACCCAAGAAGAUGCACAGAGCUGUGACCUGUUUGUGUAUGCAGCAGUGCAGCUAGCUCUGGAGAAAGUAAAUGGAGAACUCGACAUUAGGCUAUCUCCUAUAGUUCUACCAUCUGACUCAAGGAAUUCAAAUGGAGUGGUUGAGUUUUUGUUCAACCUGUACAAGACAGUCAGCAACCUAGGAAAGCGAUUUUCUAGAGGGCUUGCACUGAUGAGAGCUGCUAUAGGAACAGACAAUAACUACAUCAUUGGUAGACAGGCAUUGGCCAUCUUUGACAACAUCGGUAUACCCAUAGUUUCCUAUGGAUUAUAUGACGAUCGUGUUGAUGGCUUCCCUAGUUUCUAUCGGACCAUCCCCUCCAUUAUCUUCCUCAACCAAGCUCGUGUGAAGCUGCUUGCUCACUUUAAAUGGUAUCGUAUUGGAAUACUGGGCUCACAGCAAAGUGAUUACAGCUAUGAAAUGGAAAAGUUUAGAGAGUUUUUCAACUUAUACGUAGAGAGAGAAAUCCAAGCAGAGCUCUCAUAUGAAGGACUGACAAGUGACCUCUCCUCUUCUCUACUUGAUCUGCAAAGAUUUGACAUACGGAUAAUUAUGGGGUUUUUUGGGCCCGAGGAGAGUAGACUAGUCUUGUGUGAGGCUUCGUUUCUAAACCUGACAACUUCGGACCAUGUUUGGAUACUGCCAUCAUACUACAACCCUGACUGGUGGAAAGGAGGUGACCAACAUACCGGGAACUGCACAGAUGAAGACAUGAUGGACAUUCUAAACUCUGUGAUAUUCAUAGAUCCCGUCAAGUACCCACCAAUGGGUACUACGCUGUCGGAGUUCUACCCAGCACUGUUGAACAAGACAAGAGAAUUGUUCUCAGAAAUUGAUCCAGAGGUGCCUCUGGAGCAGCUCCUCCAACACUCUCGUGCUGUGAGUGCCUACGACUCCACCCUCCUCCUGGCUCACAGUAUAUCUGACGGAGAGAUCAAUAUCAGAAAAUUGAAGAGUCUAAUUGUUUGUGAACUUUGUCGAUUGUAUCCAAAGUGCGUUAAUACAGAGGACGAGUUCAGGUUCUGUCAAUAUGUAUUGCCAAUGUGUCAACACUCAGCUGAUAGUCUUGAGCUAGACGAGACAAUUGGCCAAUCCGAUCUGAUAAAUGGAUACGGGCAGGUGCUGAUCUCACAGUUUAUAAAUGGCACUCACUGUCCUAUGGUCCUCUUCUGGCCUAUCAACUCAAGCAUACCAGAAGAUUUGAUGUCUAACUUUGUCUUCAUCAACAGCCUCGCAAACCAGACCUGUGCCAGUGAGCUGGGGCUGGACCCUCAAAUAAUGUUUCCAGAUACUGCAGCCUGUCCGAAAAGUUUUACGUGGAAAGGAAGUUCUGCUCCGAUUAGCAAUGUUUUGUUGUUCAACGAGGUACCCGAAUGGGCUCUAGCUCUAGUGGGUGUGAUCACAGUGCUGAGUGAGGUGCUGAUAGUCUGCCUCAUUGUAUUCAGUGUUUUUUGGAGGGAAAACCAUCGUGUGAAGGCAACCAGUCCACGAGUCAACAUCCUGAUUUUGAUUGGAGCUGCACUCACACUGCCGUAUCCCCUCUUCCAAGGAAUCCUGAUAUCUGGCACACGAUACAAAUUAGAUACUGGAAAUGUAUUUGCUAACACGGUCUGUCAGGUGAAUCUUUGGCUUCCUUCCGUUGGCUAUUCUUUAUUUUUGAGUGGACUUGUGAUGAAAGCGUUUCGUCUAUAUAGAAUUUACCAGAACAAAUCACUUAGAGUAAAGCUGUAUAUGCUCGAUGAUCGCUACUUAAUCCUGGGAGCGUUUGUUCUGAUUGUCCCAGUACUACUCAUUCUGAUCAUUUGGAAUAGCAUCUCUGCUUUUCUGUUUAAGAAAAAUUAUAUCGAAAAUGGAAAUAUCCAGUAUAUACAAGUAACAGAUUGCUUCUCAAACAAUUUAACUGUCGCUGGUAUCCUCUAUGUAACCAUUAGACUGUAUAGUGGAAUUCUUUUCAUCACCGCAAUUGGAUUGACUUUAUUUGUCCCAAGAAAAGCCCCUAAAUCGAUCAGAUUUGAUGUUGCUAUGACCAGAGCUGCACUCGCAAUCGGAUUUGUACUAGAAUUACCUGCUUUGUGUGCUGAGGUUGUGCUAGUAGGCAAACCACUCUUGCUAGGGACGGUCUGGUGGUUUAGUGUUUUAGAUUUACUAGUUGGUACCACACUUGUUGUGUGUGCACUAUUCAUGUAUCAGGCUGUUCUGGUUGCUCUAGAUUACAUUAAAAAACAUGGAGACAUAUGUGUUGUUAGGAAACGUCGUUCGGAGACACAAGAAAGUGACACUUACUACAAAAGCUUGUUAGAACAGAUAACAGAGCUUUCUGAUUCAUUAUAUGAGAAAGAGGCAGCUAUCAGACACUUAAAGGCUCAGAAACAAGUGCUGAAUGGUACUGGCUAUAUAGAGAAGUAAAGUUGUGACAUGAGCACCUUUUAAAUCUACAGCUAGCUCAAUCAAUGUGUUUUUGUUAACCCUGUAGGCAUAUAUAAUCGGCGUGAGGUUCCUUUUCCUAUUUAUUUUUUGUGUGCAUUAUUUUUACAAGAAAACGUAGUGUGAAUA